UGCCUUUGUGGUUGUUUAAAGAGAUCCUAGGAUUUAAAGUUUGCCUGUAGUAGACUGUGGCUCAGCUGCCUAGGUGUAGUUGCUGUCUCCCUGGCCCCUUUCUUUGUAUUGCCUCUCCCCUACACUCACAGCUGUUCUCUCUUUGACUUUUUCAGUGCUGGUUUACUUUUGCAAGGUGAAGAUGCGUCUCAGCCUGUUGAGCAGCGUGUUGUGAGCCACCCUGCUGGCUGAGAUGGUGACGGUUCAGUCCCCGGCGUCAGUGAGUACCGGGUCAGUGUCACAGAUGAGUUCUCGCGCUGCAGGGAGGUCGCAGUCCUGAUCAAGCGCAUGCAUUGCUGAGCGAUGGAUCGAUGCAAACAUGUGGGCAGGCUGCGCCUGGCCCAGGACCACUCCAUCCUGAACCCCCAGAAGUGGCGCUGCGUGGACUGCCAAACCACGGAGUCAGUGUGGGCCUGCCUCAAGUGCUCGCACGUGGCCUGUGGGCACUAUAUGGAGGAGCAUGCCCUGAAACACUUCCAGGAGUCGCGGCACCCGCUCGCAAUGGAGGUCCACGAGCGCGAUGUCUUCUGCUACCUGUGCGAUGACUACGUGCUCAACGACAACCCUGAGGGGGACCUGAAGCUGCUGAGGGGGGCCCUGAGCACUGUGGUGCGCGGCCCCGAGGGAGACCCCUCCAAGCCCAGCCGCCGCAGCCUGCGCUCCCUGGCCUCCGGGGAGAGCCCCAGCUCCCAAUCCCACGGCGAGUCUGGCAGGCAGCCCGCCAUGCAGACGGCUCUGUGGCACCGGCGCCAAGCCCUGCUCAGCAAGUCCCUGAAAGCCUGGUUCGGGAAGAGCUCCCGGGGCCAGCAGCGGCUGGAGGAGGAGCGGAGGAAGCAGGAGCUGGAGAAGAGGAAGGAGGAAUUGAGGCUGCGGAGGAUGGAGGUGAAGCAGCGGUUGCUGGAAGAGCUGGCCAGCUCCCCUCCUAGGAAAAGUGCCAGGCUGCUGACGCAGGCGCCCAGAGAGCACGCUAUCAUCCCCAGGAAGUUUCGGGAGCCCCCCGAGCGGACGCCCGUGCUCACUCGGAGGUCGCUGGGCGGCGCUCGAAAGCGGCGGAGAUGCUAUCCCUCGUCUAGGCGGAAGGUGACCCCAGGGGUGACAGGGUUGAGGAACCUGGGAAACACCUGCUACAUGAACUCUAUCCUGCAAGUGCUGAGCCACCUGCAGAAGUUCCGGGAGUGCUUCCUCACGCUGGACCUCUGUGAAACCGAAGAACUGCUGGCCAAAAACUCUGGGGUUAACAAGUCCAGGGUCAUGAAUGGGACCCCCCACUCGAACGGUGGGCCGGGCCGCAAUGACAAGCUGGGGGGGCUGUCCGGCAGCAAGCAGAGCCUGCCCCCGAGCCUGAACGCGGCCGAACUGGUGCAGCCCAAAGAGCCGCGGUCGUCCCGGCAGAUGUCUCUGUGCCAUGAGCUGCACACGCUGUUCAGGGUGAUGUGGUCAGGGCGCUGGGCCCUGGUCUCCCCCUUCGCCAUGCUGCACUCCGUAUGGAACCUGAUCCCGGCUUUCCGAGGCUAUGACCAGCAGGACGCGCAGGAGUUCCUCUGCGAGCUGCUGGACAAGGUGCAGCAGGAGCUGGAGUCGGAGGGGACCAAGCGCAAGAUCGUCAUCCCCUUCUCCCAGAGGAAGCUCACCAAGCAAGUGCUGAAGGUCGUCAACACCAUAUUCCAUGGGCAGCUGCUCAGCCAGGUGACCUGCUUGACCUGUAACUACAAGUCGAACACAGUGGAGCCGUUCUGGGAUCUGUCCCUGGAGUUUCCAGAGCGCUAUCACUGUGUGAAGAAGGGGGCCGCAGCCACUGCCUAUCACAGCGACUGCACGCUCACGGAGAUGCUGGCAAAGUUCACAGAGACCGAAGCUCUGGAGGGGAGGAUCUAUGCCUGCGACCAGUGCAACAGUAAAAGGCGGAAGUCGUCCCCAAAGCCUUUGGUACUCACGGAAGCGUGCAAACAGUUACUGAUUUACAGGCUACCUCAGGUCCUGCGGCUGCACCUCAAGAGGUUCAGGUGGUCCGGUCGCAAUCACAGAGAGAAGAUUGGCGUGCAUGUGACGUUCGACCAGGUUUUGAACAUGGAGUCUUACUGCUGCAGGGACUCUCUGUCCUCGAUCCACAGAGAGAGCUUUACCUACGACCUGUCUGCCGUCGUCAUGCACCACGGCAAGGGGUUCGGCUCAGGACACUACACCUCGUACUGCUACAACACUGAGGGGGGUUUCUGGGUUCACUGUAAUGACUCCAAGAUGAACGUGUGUAGUGUGGAGGAAGUGUGCAACACCCAGGCCUAUAUCCUCUUCUAUACUCAGCGAUCAGUGCAGCAGACCAGCGUGGCUUGAACCCAGAUCCACACUCCCAGACUCAGGGCUGUCGCAAAACACGCCGACCCCAGGACUGUUUCCAACAUGCACCUAGGAACAGCCUGCCAUGCUGUCUUAAAUCAAGCUCCUUGUGCAACUGAAUUUCACUGCUUAACCACUAAAAACAACCGGAGCCCGAGGCACACUGACAACGUGGCCCACCGAUUUGAGCCGAGGGAAUUGGUAGGGAGAGUGGGCCACUGGUAUAAACUGUGGCCUUACUUAGAGGAGGCGGUGUGCCCCAGUUGAUACGGCUUGGGGAUAGUGGUUUUAGAUGAGGGGGUAGAAGGCAUUGCAGCCAAGUGACAGAAAUAUCCACAUAAUAAAAAAAACACCAGUCUGCAGGAAUCAGGUAUUUUUAAAUUCAUUGUUGCACAUCUAUCGAUUUCUCUUGGGGGUUCAGUGAUAUCUGUAGAAUACAGAGGGGUUUAUCACUCUGGCAUGAGUAACAAAAUCUCACCCACAGGGUUUACUAUUGAAUGUGCUGGCUCCCAGAUCUGCAGUACUCUGUUCCCUAUGCUGUGUUAUGCUAUACUGUAUUGAGUAUGCUAGCUGUUUGAUUGCUGGUCCUGACUUCACAGUACUGCAUUGAAUUUGCUGGCUCUCAGAUCCUCAAUACUGAGCUCUUUACUAUACUGAGUUUGCUGGCUAUCAGAUCAACACUACUGAGUUAACUUUACUGUAUUGACUUUACUGAGCUCUUCAUUUUCGGUUAGAAUAAAGCAGAUUAAGAAAUGAUCAACAAAUUAAGAAUCAUGCUGCUUGCGCUGAGAUUAAACUGUAUUCAUGGCACUGCAGUGUCAUUGCAGAGUUUUACGUUUACAAAGCAUCUUAAGCUGUGGGUUUGAUUUGCAGUUAAUUUGUUUUGAUUUCUUCCUACUUAAAAGCUGCUUCAAGGAUACCAGCACCAUAAUUGCAACUUAUUCCCAGCCAGAGAGUGAAAGUAGCCAGAGAGCUUUAGUUAAAAUGCUAGAAUAUUGUGCUUUACUGGAGCACUGGCUGUGUCUUGCCCAUUUUCAUGAAGAUUUCACAUACCUGGCUCGGUCCUGGUGUAGGUACAGAAGGAAAGCACACCAGCGUAGGAAAAGCUUUAGAGAGAAGAACUGCAAUACCAUAGAGGUACAACCAAUCAGGGCCUGGAAUAGCAGCCAUAUUGACACCUGCAGCAUGUAUUAAGUGCUUUUAACCUCAA